AUGUACGGAUCGGAGACUUGGGCAGCACCACCUACGGUGAUGGAGAGGCUUGACUGCACGGAGCUGCUUAGACGGCUACUUGGCUACUUUUGGCCUAGGAUAUGCCACAACGAAGAUCUUUACGCAGAAACUGAUGUGACUGAGGUUGUGAAAGAGGACCUGAGGACACUCGGCAUGGAUAGGCAUUUCAGGCGAGACGUAAGGUUUCUUAGAAUAUGGAAUAGCGAUGAAUGGAUUGAUUCUGUGCAAGCUCCCGCAGAAGAUCGAGAAGGUUGGGCAGAGCUGUGUCCAAGGACAGCACACUUCGGCGAAGAUGCGGGUAAUCAAGCGAUGACAUCAGCUCGCCGAUUAAGUCAAGGUAUCGCGAAACUGACGUGGUACGAGAACCCAAGGAAAGACGUAGAGUCUGGAUUGCAAAUUACGGAAACGAGCAUGGUCCGCUCAAAUCCCCUUGUGGUUCAAGGAAGUAGAGAGGGGAAUCUACGAGUUGAACAAGCCUGUGAGGAGACCUCAUUAAAGGCACCAUACCACGAAUCUGACGUGGUGAGGGAAUCCGAAGGAAAAGCUAGAAAUGGAGUUGUAGAUUACGGGGUCAAGGAUAGGAGAGAUAAGCGGAACCAUCCGAUCUCGCGUUCUACAACUAUCUACCCAUCUCCAGCUUUCACCGCUGAUUCCCUCACCACGUCGGAUUCGUGGUAUGCUACCUUUAAUCUUCGACACUUUGCUCGUGGACGUGUCCACGAGGCUGAGAUCGGUGUGUAUAUGGGAAUUUUCCGCUUGUCAAAGCUUUGCUACUACUGGUCCACUGAGCCUGUUCUCGCUGCUCCUGUGGUAAGUAAAAUUAUGAUCAGACACCGACAAGGCGAAUCGAAUCUAGAAAAUCCAUUGGACCUGGUAAUGCUUCCUUCCAGUGUAGCUGACGCUGCAGUUUUGGAACCGAUGGACGGCCAUUUGGACCAAGAUCGAGAUCUCUAUACUGACAAUUGA